AUGGCACGGGCGGCGACAGAAACCGCCGAUGGCAUUGAAAACACAUUACAAACUGCCUCCGAAGUUGACCACUAUGAUCCUGAAAAAGGAAAGAAUCUCAAGGAUUCCGAUGGAGCGGGGGCUCCUGAACUCGCAGAGGUGCAGGAGUUGCGACAGGGUCUUCAGCAACGUCACAUCCAAAUGAUCGCACUGGCAGGCACAAUCGGAACAGGUCUAUUUCUGGGCUCAGGUCGAGCUCUGGCCGAUGCCGGCCCAGCGGGCAUUUUCAUGGGAUAUACGAUCAUGGGUGUACUGAUCACGGGCGUCACACUAUCCAUCGGAGAGCUGAGUGCACUUGUUCCUCUCAGUGGAGGUGUCAUUCGACCCGCUGCCUAUUUCGUGGACCCGGCAUUCUCCUUUGCGCAAGGAUGGAAUGUCACUUAUCAGUACCUCAUCUCCAUUCCUGCAGAGAUAUCUGCAGCCUCGGUGAUCAUACAAUUUUGGGUGACGUUGAAUAACGCGAUCUGGGUCACCGUCUUCAGCGCGAUUCUUUUCGCAACAAACCUCUUUUUGGUUCGCGUAUAUGGAGAAAUCGAGUUCACUCUUGCCAUCUUGAAAGUUUGUCUCAUUGUCGGCAUGAAUAUCAUGGGGCUUGUUAUCACCUGCGGUGGUGGCCCUAAUCAUGAAUCGAUUGGUUUCCGAUACUGGAACGAUCCUGGGCCGUUCGUACAAUACCUUGAUGUUCCCGGCUCAUUGGGCCAAUUCAUGGGAUUUUGGACCGUGUUUAUCAAUGCGGCGUAUGCUUACUCUUCGGUGGAGACCAUUUCAAUGGCAGCAGCGGAGACAUAUGCCCCGAGGCGGAAUAUCCCAAAGGCUGCAAAGCGGGUGUUCGUCCGAGUUCUGCUCUUCUACGUAAUUUCCGUCUUCAUGAUCACCCUGUUGGUUCCAUCAGAUGACCCUAUGCUAUUGAGAAGCACUGGCACCGCUGCCCAGUCUCCAUUCCUCAUCGCCGCCCAGCGCGCGGGUGUCAAGGUAGUGCCUCAUAUUAUCAAUGCAAUUGUGCUCAGCAGUGCCUGGAGCUCAGGCAAUUCAACACUCCUCAGCGGAUCCAGAAUCCUCUACGGUCUAGCCCGCGAAGGCCAAGCCCCGAAGUUCCUCGCACGGACUAACCGUUGGGGGGUCCCGUACAUGGGCGUUCUUGCAAUUGGCGUAUGGAUGGCACUUGGCUACAUGUCACUUAGCUCGACCGCGGAGGCCGUUUUCACCUGGUUGCAAGACCUCGUUGCCUGUGCACAGAUUAUGAGCUGGCUUGUGAUUUGCACCACCUACCUGCGCUUCUACUAUGCUCUGAAGAAGCAGGGUAUCUCACGGAGUAGAUUACCGUGGGCUGCACCGCUUCAGCCGUACGCUGCUUGGAUGACUCUGAUUUCGCUCACUAUUAUUUUGCUGACUGGUGGCUAUACCACCUUUAUUCAUGGCCACUGGUCUACCGAAACGUUCAUUUCAUCCUACCUCGACAUAGUCAUUUUUGCUGGCCUCUACUUCGGAUACAAGCUAUGGUUCCGAACUAAGAUAGUGUCUUUAGAGGAGUCGCCUGUCGCCCGGUUCGUGCAGAUUGCGGAGAAUGACCCCGACCCACCGGAGGAGCCCAAGUCCAAAUGGGCCAAACUCAAUAUUCUGUGGGCUUGA